UCACUGUUUGAGAGCAGUACCUGAGAGGAGUUGUUUUCCAAAUAUUGUAUAUUUUGUAGGUGAUGCUUGCAACAUCUGGCUCGUUACUUUCAUUUGCAUGUGCACCGGGUACUACGGCGUCGGAUGGCAGCGGUCGAAAUGGUUUAUUUACAAAACAUUUACUAGAAUAUAUAAUAACACCAAAUGAAGAUAUCCAAUUACUGUUGAGAGAUGUAGCUAAUGGUGUACGAGAAGAAUCAAAUGGGAAACAGGUGCCAUGGCAAAAUAGUUCGCUCACGCAACGAAAUAUUUUUCUGUAUAGUACUGAUCAAAGUUCUAACCAUUCGCUAAUAAAAGGUAUUACGAAGCAAUUAACAAAUAUGAAUGUAGACGGUAGCACUCAUCGUCAAAUCAACACAAUAAAUUAUGAUGAUGGAGGCAAGUAUGAGGGUGAUGUAAAUGAGCAAGGGGAAGAAGAUGGUCAGGGAAUUUACUGGUGGGGUAAGGUAGAAUUUGAAGGUGAUCGUUAUGAAGGCGAGUGGAAAGGAGGGAGAAGAGAUGGCUGCGGUGUUUACUACUAUGGACUGGGUAAAGACUGUAUUAAAUACGAAGUUACGAUGGAAAUUGGAUUAAAGGGGAAAUAG